GACAUGCUCGUAUUCCAUACAAGUAUCUCUGUGUUGAAAUGGUUAUUUAAGUUCACGUAGCACAAAGACCGGCUGGAAUAUUUGAUAAAUGGAACAUGUUACACGUGACAACCGAGGUCGGGAAGCCUGGUCGACAAGAGAGGGAACGGCGACACUUUCCGGAUGUGUUUAACAAGGACAGCACCCCACUGUACCAGCCCACAGGAAGGAGGUAUCUCCCCCACUUGUAUGGCAAAUCAGAGGACUGGAGACCCCACGGCUCUUACCAGGAACCACAGCUCACAUGUCCAGGUCCUGACUGGUCAUCAAGGCUAAGGUGGCUGCCCCACCCACAGAACCCGAAAUACCCUGCCCCAGAGAACUGGCCUGUCACCUGGCACGGUAUCAGAAGCUUCCCAUGGACAUACAGAACUACGGCCAACGAUCAUAGGCUAGAGCCCAUCGAGAUGAAGAAGGGAAGGCGAUGUAACUUUGUGGGGGUUCACAAAGCCACCCAGCAGAGCACUGAAGAGGUGAAGAAUUUUACCCUGAAGAGAAGUGUUUCUGAUAUUGAAAGGAGAAAUGGUAUCAGCGAAGCUGCACCUGGUGACAAGGUGUAUCAAGCUGUGGAGUAUUCCAGCAGUUUUCACAGAGGGGGAUCGACAAGGCCUCUGCCAAACUUCAGUGGUGAUAACAAAAAGCCAGUAGACACCUUCAUACCUCUAGAGAGGCUGCCUACACUACCCCGCGAGUCAUUUAAAGUGUUAGAGAAAAGGAGACAAAACCAGGAGGAGGUUAAAGUGGUGGAGAGUCUGGAUAACUGGAAACCUGCGACACCGUUGACGUACCCCUCAUAGUCACAAGAGCAUGGGUGUCAUGAGCAGAAUGCAGUGACUCAGGAGCUACCAGUACUCCACACUAUCUUACUGAUACCGUACCCAUUUACAGUAAUUAGUCAACCUGUUUGCAUGUUUCCAAAGUGUUCAUUCAAGCAUAUUCGAAAGGCAUUAUUCUUUGCAGACUGCUAAAAAUUAUAUUUUUUGUGAAGCUCAGAAACUGGCCAAUCCAAAUCAUGUAGCAGCUCUUUCAUAUGCGAAAAAGUUGAGGAAUUAAAGUACAUCGAUUUAUUACACAUACAAGUCAGUCACAGUUAUAAGUCUAAGCAAAAGUUAGUGUUUAUUUUUACCAUUAAAAUAAAUCCAGCUGGGAACUUAUACUUAGAAAUGGAUAUUUUUGAAAUUAUCACCUGAAUUGACGGAUUUUCUUUUAUUGAACCACAUGUUAGAGUUCGGUCUUAACACCUGUAUGUGCCUUUGUUUUAACCAAACUGCUGCAUCGAGUCAAAACAUUUACUGAACGUAAAAUGUUUGGUAUUGGGUAAAUAACAUUGUUACGAUACAUACACAUAUCUUAACUGUUUACAUUUUAACAUAGGGUAAAGCUCACAUUUGUAUAUGCAAGACUUAUAAGGGUACUUGAAAAAUAUGUGGUAGUUUAAUUUUGAACUUCGUCAUGAACUAUUUUACCAUCAUGUAAUCCUAAACCUGUGAUAAGUUGAGGAUUUUGAUUUUAGUGGAAUAACUAACUUAUUAAUGUUAUAGAAAUGUUAUCACGUGACUCAUGCUUGGUUAAUGGGUAAUGCUUUACAAAUGUUAUAUAUUUUAUUAUGGUUGUUUGAUUUGGGGUAAUUAAAAAUAUCUACCAAAUAAAAAAUAAAGAAUUGAACAAUUUUAUGGUGUUUACUGGUGUUGAAAUAAAGGAUUUUAUCACCUCUGAUGCACCUACUUUUAAGACAUUUUGAUUUCAUGAAAAACAUUAUUAACGUUAGAAAUUUGAAUGUGAAAUAUGCUUGACUAAAGGGGUAACUGUUCACAAAUGUUAAUAACUGUAAAUGAAUUGUGGGUAAAUUGAACUGGAGAUUGAAGCAGUUAUGCAAAUUUUAUGUCCUUGCUGCUGAGUACUGAUGUGGAAUGAAGGAUUUUGUUUUAUUAAUUGUACAGAAAUGGGCAAGCAUGAAAAAAUUUCAAGUGCUUUGUAAAACAGGAAAUGUUAUUUAA